UUUCUUCUCUUCUUUAACAUCUUCUAAUGACAAAAGAAAAUCUUGAAGAAUUCCUCUUUUAACCAUGGCAGUGACAGUGAAGGUAUCAGCUUCAUUGAGGUGCAGGUGUGUCAUUCUUCUCUUAUCUGUGAUUGUUUCAGUAGCCUUUCCAGAGCAGCCAACUAUAUAUCUAGUUUUAAUGGAAGGAGAGCCGAUAUUGUUCCACCAUGGUGCAGGACUUCUCAAAGGAGAGAGAAGUGAUCCCAACAGUGAAGCUUACAGGGCUCAUGCAAAGCACUUGGAGGAUUCCCAUGACCAGCUUCUACAGAACACUAUAGAGGUGGGGAGCUACAAAAAGCUCUACAGCUUCAAACACAUCAUUAAUGGCUUUGCUGUUCACACAACUCCUUCUCAGGCUAAAAAACUGGAGUUAGCUGAAGGAGUAAAAUUGGUGGAGGAGGACAGAGGUGUUAAAUUGAUGACAACAUAUACACCUGAGUUCCUAGAACUACCCAUGGGAGUAUGGAGUCAAGAAGGAGGAGAUACACAUGCUGGAGAGGACUUAGUAAUUGGAGUCAUUGACACAGGCAUUGAUCCAAUGCACCCAAGCUUUGCUUAUGAUCCCUUAAAGCCAUACACAUCAAACCCUCAUCGAUUUUCUGGUGACUGUCAGACUGGUCCUAGGUUUCCUGCAUCCUCAUGCAAUGGUAAGAUAAUCUCUGCAAGGUACUUCUCAGCUGGGGCUCAAUCCAUCACUCUUAACACUUCAAAGGACUUUCUCUCACCAUUCGAUGCAGCUGGACAUGGAAGUCAUGUAGCAUCAAUUGCAGCGGGGAACUAUGGAGUCUCAGUGGUUGUGAACAGCUUCUUAUAUGGGUAUGCCAGUGGAAUGGCACCACGAGCUCGCAUUGCAGUAUACAAGGCAGUGUUCCCUAGCAUAGGGACUAUGGCAGAUGUGGUUGCUGCAAUUGAUCAAGCAGUUCUAGAUCAAGUGGAUAUCAUAUCACUCUCCAUUGGGCCAAAUUCACCUCCAGAAGACAAACCCAUCUUCUUAAAUGUGUUCGACAUAUCAAUGUUGUUUGCACAGAGAGCUGGUGUUUUUGUUGUACAAGCUGCAGGGAAUCAAGGUCCAACUCCAUCCUCAAUUGAGUCCUACAGUCCAUGGGUAGUUGGUGUUGCUGCUUGCAACAUAGACAGGAGUUUCCCUGGUAAAAUUGUUCUUGGUGAUGGUCAAAACAUCAAUGGUGUGGGACUAUCUGGGCCAACCUUUGGAAAUUGGUUAUUACAGUAUAAGCUAGUGCUAGCAAAGGAUGCAGUGAAGGAAAGUGGAACCUUCCCCAUGACCCCACAAUAUGUUGAAGAGUGUCAAUACCCAGAGGCAUUGGAUCCUACAUUGGUGCUUGGUAGUAUUGUCAUCUGCACCUUCUCUGCUGGGUUCUCCAAUGGGACCUCCACUCUUUCUGCUAUCAUUGAUACUGCAACUGAGUUGGGAUUCAUGGGUUUUGUUCUCACUGCAAAUCCACUAUAUGGUGAUUAUAUUGCAGAACCAGUUCCCUUUGUUGUUCCUGGCAUUAUGAUCCCGAAAGUAGCUGAUGCACAGAUUCUAUUGCAAUACUAUGAGCAGUGGACGAGCAGAGAUCCUACUGGACGUGUCACUAAAUACAAUGGAAGGGCAGCAAUAGGAGAGGGAAGAGUUGCUUCUUUCCAAGGACGAGCACCUAGUGUUAGCAGAUUCUCCUCAAGAGGACCAGACAUCAUAGAUAGCAGUCGAAGGAACCUAGCAGAUGUGCUCAAGCCUGAUAUUCUAGCCCCAGGCCACCUUAUAUGGGCAGCUUGGAGCCCUACGAGCAUCUCCGAGCCCCUCCUUAAUGGAUACAAUUUUGCUCUAUUAUCAGGAACCAGCAUGGCAACUCCUCAUGUCGCUGGAGUUGCAGCACUCAUCAAACAACAUAAUCCUUCAUGGACUCCAUCCAUGAUAGCCUCUGCAAUCUCCACCACAGCAUCUCGAUAUGACAACUAUGGAGAACCUAUCAUGGCAGAAGGAUUUAAUAUCAGUAGUUUAUAUCCCUCUACUCCUUUUGAUUUUGGAGCUGGCCUGAUAAACCCAAAGCGUGCAUUAGAUCCAGGCUUAGUUUUCACAUCAGCAGGAUUUGAAGACUAUGUUGAGUUCUUGUGCUCCUUACCAAACACCAACUUAUCAUUAGUUGAAGCUGUUACUGGGAGAUUAUGCAAUCACUCACUUGCCCAUCCAUCUGAUCUUAACCUCCCUUCAAUAACCAUAUCAAGGUUGGUCACAUCUCAAGUGGUGAGACGAAGUGUGAAGAACAUAGAGAGCAAACCAGAGACUUAUGUAAGUGCAGUUCUACAUCCAAAUGGGGUUGAAGUCUCUGUGAAUCCAUCUCAGUUCACCAUAGAUUCACAGGGAACUCAAGACAUGGAAAUCACAAUCAGUGUGACCCAAGCAUUGAACUCCUUCAGCUUUGGUGAGAUUGUUCUAACAGGAACUUUGGAUCAUAUAGUGAGGAUACCAUUAUCAGUUCUUACUGUUCCAAUGUAACAGGGAGAAAUACUGAAACACCAUUUAGAGAUAGCGGUUGUGAGUCUCUGCUGACGGCAUUGCUGAAGGUGAGAGUCGCAUCUCGCCUUUUGUUU